GUAAUGUUCAAAAACAACUUCUAUUCAUAUGUUGGUGGUACAAGAUCAGACAUUGCUAUGAGUAUUGAAUCAUACUUUGAAGUGAUGGAGGUCCUUUUGGAUUAAUAUUUAAGUAGAGAAGUAAUCAAUGGCUAUCUUAAUAUCUCUAGAUGUUGUUCAAUUUCAAAAACUGCAGUCAAGUAUUGAAUGAUAUUGUUGUAUCUGCACCUUUGGCCUUUUUGCCAUUUUCACUUAUAGGAACAUAAUGGUUGUUUGCAGGUGCCAAUAGAAAAGGUGCUAAUAAAGCUUAUGGACCAAUCCUUGCUUCUGUUCAUAUGUUGGUAUUAUGGAGAGCAUAUACUGCCCCAAUUCCAAAUAAAUUAUUUACUAAAAUCAUUGCAGAUCCUACAGUUGAUGGAUAAUACAUUAGGUAUAAAUUUAUAAAUCAUUUAAGAACAUAAUUAUCUGUAAUGAAACCUGGAUUGUGGUCAGUUUUAAGUAGAGAAUUGUAUCACAAGGGAUAUAGAUUCCCAGAAAUGUUGGAAUUCAAGACUGCUACUGAAUUCCCAACUGGAUUUGUUAAACCAUAUUGAUGG